AGCGUGAACACCAACUGUGACAGUUCUCCCCAAUGGCCCACAGUGUCCCAGACGAACACAAUCUGGGCCACGGCGACCUCGCAUUUUUCACACGCUCUCUAGUUCGAGCAAAUUUUCAGCUAAGUCCCAACUUCUAACUCUCACCCUUAUACCGUUCACUGUUUUCAACAAGGGCGGGACCCACUGCUGUCGCCAUCGCUUAUGGCCUCGACAAGAAAGUCAUAUGCGAAUGUAAUGUGUCUGCAUGUCUGUACCUACCCCCGCGUGUUUUCACUUGGUGCCGUUUGUGUCACUCACCACCAUUCCAGUCCCCACAGGUCGCCAGAACCCAGUCAAUAGCAAGGGUGCUGCAUGCUACACCUUAGGACGUCGCUCGACCAUACUCCCCUCAUCAGUAGAAUUUAAUUCAAACCCUCACGCAUCGCAUUUGGCCCAGUGGGCCUCCUUCAGUCCCCCAAGUCAGUUCCCCCUUUUGGAGCUCAGUACCAUGCUUUGCUCAUAUCUCGCCUGUAUCUGCGCCGUUUCCCUCGAUUCCGGAUGCGUUGGAACGCCCUCGUUCGCCUCGUCAUUUCGAUACCACGCUUACCCUACCGCGCGUCGCACUUACUGUGCAGUACACCUGCAAUACACGACCUCAUUUGUAACAUUUUUUCUCCCCCCACUUUUGGCAAUAUCACUGACUUCCUUUUUUUUUAUAUCUCGACAGAAUGCUGUAUCAUGACCCGCCCAUACUAUGUCAACACAUUUAUUCCAUUUUUACCCCCGCCUUCGUAUUGGUCCUCGCCGCCAUCAUCUUGAAGUAUUUGCUCAUUCGUAAUUUCUACCGCUUCAUCUAACAAUAUUUGAUAUUCACGUGUUUUCUGGAUCCUAUGAAUUGAUUAUUUUGCGGCAUUUCAUUACUUUGCUUAUCCUACUGUUUGGAUGCAAUAAUCACUUUUUCUACUUACUGCC